ACUAAUCACCUCAACUCAAGGCGCGGCGAAUCACUGUCAGAUACCAGCGGCUUCAGGAGCGAUUUUGUGGAGGUUCUACCAUGUUUGGACAGAGGAAACCUAUCUGGAAUUACUUUUAAGGACGUUUGAGAACUUUUGGGGACUUUUGAGGAGUUUUGAAGACUUUAAAAGAGAGAAUUUUACUUUUUGUUUCUUGUGGCUUUGAGAAGAUAUUUCCUCAAGUUUGUCAAUGAAAUGUGUCAAACGUGAGGAAACGCCCGGAGCUCUCUUGCCUCACUGCCCUACCAGUUCCUCCACCAGGAUAAGUUCUCCCGGGACGCGUCCCGCAGCCGGCCGAGGAUGAGCGCUCCCGGGCUGGAUGCAGCUAUGAGUUUCCCCCGCUGCCCUGGAGCUCCCAGUAUCUUCACCCUGUUGCUGCUCCUGCUGGUGCAUGUGCUCUCCAGCGCUUUAGCCAAGAGACACGUUGUCUACUGGAACUCCACCAACCCCAGGCUCACGAGUGAUGACUACUCCGUCCAGGUCAACCUCAACGACUACCUGGACAUCCUGUGUCCUCACUACCCCCCCGGCCAGCCGCCGGCCGGACCCCCGGAGACGCUGGCUCUGUACCUGGUGGCUGAGAGCCAGUUUCAGGGCUGCCAGGAGACAAAAGGGGCUGUGAAGCGCUGGGAGUGCAACAAACCCCACGACCCCCUGGGACCCGUCCGGUUCUCGGAGAAAAUCCAGCGCUUCACGCCCUUCUCCCUGGGCUUCGAGUUCCUUCCAGGACGCCACUACUACUACAGCUCCCUGUCGACGGACGACGGCCCCCCCCUGCCCUGUAUGAAGCUGAGAGUCACUGUGUGCUGCGAGGCCACGGCUCCUGAGAAGAAGCAGGAACGAGUGAAGGGAAGUCCAGCUCCCCGCAGCCUCGGCCCUCCCAGAUCAUCCAGUUCACUCUCUCUCCUUUUUCUCAUCCCUUCUUUUCUCUUUCUCCUACUAUGAUAACUGUUAAACUAAACCCCAGGGAAGCUAAUAACCAAUAUAUCAUCCUUUAUCACAUCAUCACUGUCCUGACAAAACCUCUCAUCUCCCAAAUGGAGAUGUACAGUAAAACAGAGGAAAAUAAAUGUAGACUGGGAUCUUAAAUAUAUAAGCUAAGAAAAAAGAAAUAAAACAAAAAAUAUAUACAUUUUUGACACAAUGACAGUGAUGAUACUUCACCAAUGGGUCUGUCACAAUAAGUACAUGGUUCAAUUCAAUUUAUUAUACAAUUUGUGGACAAAACCUCAAUAAUUUAUGUGCUGUAACGUGUGCAGAAUGUGAUUUUGCAUUGUCUUGUUAAUACUAAUGUACGGAUGUCCCUGAAUAUGUUGAUUUUAGGCCCUUUUUAGGAGUUUUUUGCCUUAUUGCUGCAUCACAGAAGAGUUCAGUGGGUAAACUGUUAAGAUUGAAGACAUUAUUUGAGUAUAAAAGUGUUUUUAAAACAAAUCUGGCAUUUAAAAAUAUGGGGCAAAUUUUUUAAGCUCAGUUUUGCACGUUUUGAACUGAGCAAGUUUUACUUUACCCGUCGUUACGAUAGCAAAGACACACUGACACACCCUAAAUCAAGCUGCAUUGUGUGGCUCACUUGACGGCUCAUCUGUACGUCACUAAAAGCGGCCCUUAUAGACUUAAAAAUGACCUGAUUACCCUAUUUUUUGUUUUAAAUAAUGUAUUUUUAAUAUUAAACCAAAAUAUAAUCUUUUUUAUUGAUGCUGUAUGCUGCUGUAUCACUGUACAGCACCACACCUCAAACAAUAAAUAUGUUUAUAGAGUCUAAUAAACAUGACAUACAUAGAAAGUGUAUAAUACAUAUUUUUUCUUCAGUUUUUAGUAAAUUUGUUUUUUUUGGUCUUUUUUAAGACCCUGGCAAAAUUUUAAACACUGGAUUUUGUACCAUUUCCAUUUAUUGACUGGACCUGAAGAGCUUAAAUGGCAAAAAAUAUAUAUAAGGGGGAAAAUUUGUACUUCUAAUUUACUACUUAAUAUAUUGAAAUUGAUAUAAAAUUAAGUUUAAAAUAUAUAUAUUUUUAAAAAAUGGUCAAGACUUGGCACUACUUUGAUCUACUUUUAUAAUCCCAACUUCCUGAUUUAGUUAACACCUCUGAUUUAUUGUGUAAUAUGUUGAUAAUGUAUUUAUUGUGAGAGGCCUAAUCAACAUUAAUAAUAUAAUUUAUCACAAUUAUUAUUAUUUUGUGACAAUAUAUUAUUCAGAACAAUAGUUAUUGUGACAGACCCAAUCCCAACUCCACAAACUCAAUAAACUGUAUCCAGUCCUUCCACACAUACAGGUGCAUCUCAGAAAAUGUCAUUAAAAUCUCAUUGAAAAGUUACUUUAUUUCAGUAAUUCAGUUAAAACAAAAUGUGAAACUCGUAUAUUAUAUUAUAUAGAUGUAUUAAACACAAAUUGAUAUAUUUUCUAUAAGCAUUUAUUUCUUUUAUUGUUAAUAGUUAUGGCGUACAGUCAAAAAAGACCUAAAAUCAGUGUCUCAGAAAAUUUUAAUAUUAUAUAAGACCAAUUGGCACUUUUGGCAGUUUGGGCAGUGUGCCAAGUCCUGCUGGAAAAUGAAAUCUGAAAUCUCCAAACCAUCACUGAUUGGUGGAAACUUCACACUAGACCUCGAGCAGUUUGGACUGUGUGUCUCUCCACUCUUCCUCCAGACUCUGCUCCCUUUAUUUACUUUAAAUGAAAUGUAAAAUUUACUGAUUAUCAGUGAUGGUUUAAUGGAGAGUCAUGUCUGUCAUCUGCUGGUGUUGAUCCACUGUGUUUUAUUAUCAAGUCUAAAGUCAGUGCAGUUUUGUUUUCCCACAAAAUCUUACAGCACUUCAUAUCUUACAGCUUCCCUCUGCUACUGGCAACUUGCGAAUUUCAUUUUCCAGCAGGACUCAACAAUAAAAGAAAUAAACGCGUAUUGAAAAUAAAUCACUCUGUGUUUUAUACAUCUAUAUAAUAUAUUAUAGAGUUUCACAUUUUGAAAUAUAUAUAUAUAUAGAUAUAUAACUCACAAUGAUGCCAUCAGCACCAUUCUGGACCAGGAAGACACUAAUCUACCUUUUAAGAGCUGGUCCUACUCUUCCCUUUCUCUUCCUCCUUCCAGCCUUAAAAAUCCCACAUUCCUUCACUCCCCCUCCCUCCAUUUCUCCUCCACCUCCUCGCUCUCCAUCCAUCCAUCCAUCCGUCCCUAUCUCCGUCCACCUUUCUGUACAUUACUACUGAACUGAGCCAAAGGGGAAUAAACGAAGAGCGGCGGACGUCCAACCAGAAGAUUAAAGCUCCCAGUCCAGCUUUCAGAACUGAUUUAUUUUACAUUUUUUACUUUUUUCUCUUGAUUCCACCAAAGCAAGACCACAUUACACUCAGUUCAGACGUUAAACACGCCUCAUCAUCGCCUCAUUGGCUCAGCAGCUCAGCGCUGGAACUGUGUGUUGGAGAACUCGUGGAGACUCGGUGUGGAAGGAGAUCUCAGAGGUCUGUUCUCUGUGUUGUUGAGGACAGUAUGAAUCCUCUCAGGAAGAACCGCGACGACACUGUGGAACCUUCCGGACCGGAGGAGGAACCGGUACCGGUAUCUCCUGCUCAUCUUCCAGAACAGACAAAAAAAAAAAAAUGAAAGAAUGAAAAAAGCUUGGCUGAUUGGCUGAUUGGCUGAUUCCUCUCACCAUUGUCAGUCAACUCAAUUGGAUUCAUUGGACGCUUCUCUGAGCACCCAAUCAGAAUCAGAAUCAGUUUCUACUCUCUGUUUCAGUUUAGUAUCUGGAUUUUGUGGGUGGGGUACAAUGAUUACUUUUUUUUGUAGACGUUUUUCUGUUAUUUCUACAUCUUUAGAGUCACGUGUAUAUGUACUGGCACCCGUCAGCUAUGUGUAUUGGCAAUGUGAUACAUUCCACUACAAUACAGAGUUAAUUAUUUAAUAUAAAUCACAAUAUGCUAAUACAUCUCCAGAAAAUAAAAUAUUAUUGAAAAGUAUUUUAAUAUUACUUUAUUUCAGUAUUUAGUUCAAAAUGUGAAACUCAUAUAUUAUAUAGAUCUAUUGAUCUAUUUUAUAUAAGCGUUUAUUUCUUUUAUUGUUGAUGAAAAUUGGAAUAUCAUAUAAGACCAAUUGGUACUUUUGUUGGCAGUGUGGGCAGUGUGCUGGAAGUCCUGCUGGAAAAUGAAAUCUGCAUCUUCAUAAAAGUUGUCAGCAGGAUACAGAAUAGUCCAUGGAAAUGUAUUAACAUAAUAAUUAAUAUAUAUUAAAGGUUAAUUUAAAAAUAAUGCACAUUUUAUAUACUAUACAAGCUUGAAUUUUUUUCACCAGGAGUAAAGCAGCAUAAAGUUAUCCAAAAGCAGUGUGUAAGACUGGUGGAGGAGAACAUGAUGCCAUGAUGCAUGAAAAAAACUGUGAUUAAAAACCAACCAGGGUUAUUCCACCAAAUAUUGAUUUCUGAACUCUAAACUGACAAUAUUUUAAUUUUUACCCAUAAAUCUCAUAUUCAGUCAUUUUACUAACAGGUGCCAGUACAUUGCUGUGACUUAAAAAAAAACUUAAAGCAAUCAGUUUACAGAUUAAAAGGGUUAUACUGGAUUUUUAACUUCUUUGUUUUUUAUUUUUGUUUUUUAAACUUUUUUAGAAAUUGUUUGUGUGAGUAUGAUGUGUGUUUUUCACAUUUUAGUGAAGAGUUUGGCAUCUUCUGUGAAGAGCUACAGCUUAACCAUGUGUGUACUGUGAAAUGAGCUACGCUGAAUAAAAAGAGAAUCAGAGAAUCAGA